GGUGGCUACAUGGCUGCCAAGGUGUCCAAGCUGGAUGAGCAGUUUAAGCUGGACGUCCCCAGAGAGAGGCAGAAAGAUGGAGCCUGCUCCAGCAUCUUCACUGGGGUGGCCAUCUAUGUCAACGGAUACACAGGUGAGACACAUGGGCGUUAACCUAUACCCCACCCUUACCCCACUGAUCCUAGCGUGAUCCCUCAUAUGGCUACUAGACUACACUUUCUGUGCAAUUUAACUUUAAUGUUUGUGUGUGUACUACUAGAUAAUAGACAUGGUUCAUGUGGGGUUCAGUUCUUCGAUUUGUUGGAAGUUUCACUUUCUACCUCUUUAUUCUGUUUUUCCACAUUGCUUUCCUCCUCCUUUCCAUCUCUCCUUCCUGGCUUCCUCCUCCUUUCCAUCUCUCAUUUUAUCCCAAUCUCUUCUUCCAUCUCUACUCUCCCAUCAUUUCUUUCUCCAUCUUUCAAUAUUUUCCCUUUCCCCCUCUGAUCUCCACUUCUCUUUUUUAAAAUCACAUUUCUGUCCUCUAACAUGGAAUCUCUCUUUUUUUGACCCACAGGAAAGAUACAUUGGAUAUGUAAAUGAUCUCAAAAAAUAUCACAGGGGGUACAUGGAAAUAAUCUCUCUCUCUCUCUCUCUCUCUCUCUCUCUCUCUCUCUCUCUCUCUCUCUCUCUCUCUCUCUCUCUCUCUCUCUCUCUCUCUCUCUCUCUCUCUCUCUCUCUCUCUCUGUGUGUUUGCUUUAGUUAGGGUUGGUUAAAUCACACUACUCUUUAAUCUCUCGCUGUCUCUUCUCCUCCGUUGUGACCUCUGCUCUUAAAGAAGUAGAUCUGUAAAACCAAUAUGGAUAUACAUCAUAAAUAUAUGCCAGAAGACAUGGCUGGAUUCAAUAAUAAUAUGCCUGGGGUAGAUAUGUCUGUCCCUGUUUUUCCUCUCUCGCUUUUCACCUUGCCUGUGUGUGUGUGUGUGUGUGUGUGUGUGUGUGCGCAGAGCCACCGACCCAUAGAUUUACAAUGAGUAGAAUCAGGAUUUCAGAGUUAGUUCUAUUCAUUCUAAUUCUAUUGCCAGAACCCAGUGCGGACGAGCUGCGCAGGCUGAUGAUGCUGCAUGGGGGUCAGUUCCAUGUGUACUACUCACGCUCUAAGACCACCCACAUCAUCACUACCAACCUGCCCAACAGUAAGAUACAGGAGUUGAUGGACCAGAAGGCGGUCCGGCCAGAGUGGAUCACUGACAGGUGUGUGUGUGUGUUGUGUCUAAGUGUAGUGUAAUCUACAUGAUACUUAGUGUUUGAACAUACCUCUUUACCCUCCAACAGUAUCAAGGCUGGCCAUCUCCUGUCCUACCUGCAGUACCAGCUCUAUGCCAAGCAGAAAGGCCUGAGCUUCCCCAGUGUGUGUGUUCACCAGGGCCAAGAGGCUGCAGGACCUAUCCAUGGGCACCUCCAACCCAGCCACAGCCUCGCUGUACCCAGCCUCAAUAACCACAACCCAGCCCCUAGCCUUGGGUUGCCCCUAUCCAGGCACCACACUCCCACAUCCAGCCACAGUCAUCUACACACAGACAAUCUACACCCCCAACCCAUCCAGUAUAACCCCCUAGCUGGCCACCUCAGCCCCACACACUCUCUCCCCCUCCCCAGCCACCUCAACCCCCAGCCCAGCCACUCUCUCCCCCUCCCCAGCCACCUCAACCCCCAGCCCAGCCACUCUCUCCCCAGCCACCUCAACCCCCAGCCCAGCCACUCUCUCCCCCUCCCCAGCCACCUCAACCCCCAGCCCAGCCGCUCUCACCCCAGCCACCUCACUCCAGGACCCAGCCUCCUCAGACCCUUUUCCUCCAACCACCUUUACUCUGACCCAGGCCACAUCACCCACCACAUACCCAUCCACGGGCAGCCCAAGUUAGGCUGCAUCCAGCCUUCUCCUUCAGCCUACACCCACCCACAGACCCCCGGUCCCAUCCCUGCAAACCCAAGCCAAGAGCACUUGAAACCUGGACAGGCACAACCUCCGUCCAGCCUCUACUUCUCCAGUCACCUCCAGAACAGCUACCGGGAGCUGGACUUGAGACUGUGAGUGUGUUUUAGGUGUAUUUUGAUAUUUGUAUAUUGGUCCAUGUUUGGGUAUUCUCCUGGCAUAAUAACAUACAAAAGUCAAUACAGAAAGAACAUUGGUUCCAUGUUGUGAUUCUUAAUUCCCACUUCUCUCUCUGUCCUAUAGGAAUGGAUCAUUACUGACCUCUUAUGACAAGACGGAGAGCGCCAAAAUGAAUGGUGUGCAAGAGGUGGGCGGUGAGGACCCCUGUCCUGUCAAAACUCCCAGAGGGGUGAAGGACCCCCCUCUGACCAACGGUCACGCCCAUCCUGUGAAUGUUGCCUUAAAGCCUCUGGUCCUCUCCCCUAACCUCACACGACCCACACCCAGUCCAGACAGGGGGUUACCCCACACUCCCCAAUCCAUACCCCCGCACCCUGACAACAAGUCCACAGGGGUGUCUGUGUACCUGCACCUCUCCAGCCCCCCAUCCAAACCCCCUAUCCAACAUGACACCCCCAGACUUCCCCAAAGUCCUCCCAACACCCCCAUCCCUCCCCCUGUCUCUCACCACAGACACCACGCACAACCGGCCAAUGAACAGAGACGCAAGCCCCCUCCGCCCACCUAUCAGGAGGCGACGGCUGCCUCGGCAUCCCGUCCCCUGGAUCUUCCACCUCCGAAGCCCUGUCAGUCAGAUUCCCCUCCUGAGAAACCACUCCCCCCUGCCAACCCAAACCCCUCCCCUUCCACUGUCUGUCUGAAUGGCAGACACCACAAUGCCUUUACUUCUAACCCCACCCCUCUGGAAACCAACAGCCUAUCAGUCAACCCCAUUCCCUCAAACGACGCUCCUCCGCACCGCGACCAACAAUCAGCAAAGGUGAAGACCGGGGGGAUCAUCUCAGAGUUUUACUCCCACUCUCGUCUACACCACAUCUCCACAUGGAGGAGUGAGUUCUCUGAAUAUGUCAACACGUUGCAGAGCAGGAGGAGGACCCCAGGAGGCACCACCUUCCCCGGGAGAGACAGGCUCAGACGCCAGAGGAGAGAGGGUAAGGAGGUGUAGGGUGGGUGUGUGUUUGGAAGGGAUGGAUUGGAUGGUCUCUGUCCGAUGGUAUGUGAAUUCAGAAAACUCAGGCCAGUAAUGUCUGUCUCGCUCUCUCUCUCUCUCUCUGUCUCUGUCUCUCUCUCUCUCUCUCACACACACACUCCUCUCUUAUCGCUCUCUCUCACACACACACACUCUUCUCUCUCCUCUCUUAAAUGUCAUAGGGAACAUUCUGCAUGUUGUUAAUGUCAUCAGGGUUUGUGUGAGUCUGAGUGUGACGUAUUUUGCAGACCAUGAAUAGCUGUGUUUUUGUAUUUGUAUUUAUUAUGGAUCCCCAUUAGUUCCUGCCAAGGCAGCAGCUACUCUUCCUGGGGUCCAGCAAAAUUAAGGCAGCCUUCAGAAAGUAUUCAUACCCCUUGACUUAUUCCACAUUUUGUUGUUACAGCCUGAAUUCAAAAUGGAUUAAAAAUAAUAAUAAUAAUCUAACCCAAUACCCCAUAAUGACAGUGAAAACAUGUUUUUAGAAAUAUGUGCAGAUGUAUUGAAAAUGAAAUACAGAAAUAUCUGAUUUACAUAAGUAUUCACCCUGAUUAACUCUUUAGUAUUAUCCCAGUUUACCUAUUUGCUUAUGGUCUUGCCUACGCCUAGCAAACAGUUUUUUAAAUUAUAUGAGAAAAAAAUAUUCAAUUUUAUUUGGAACGGCAAGCCAGACAAAAUUAAAAGAGCAUAUUUAUAUAAUUAAUAUGAAUUCGGAGGACAGAAAUUAUUAAAUAUUAAAGCAUUAGACCUAUCACUAAAAUCUUCAGUCAUCCAAAAGUUAUACUUAAAUCCGAACUGGUUCUCAAGCAAAUUAGUAAGAUUGUCUCACCCAAUGUUCAAGAAAGGCCUUUUUCCCUUUAUUCAGAUUACAACCUCUCACUUUCAGUUAUUUGAAAAGGAAAUAAUCUCCCAAAUGUCACUAUUUCUAAAACAAGACAUAGAAAGUUGGUUGCAAUUUCAAUUUAAUCCUCCAGAAACGACAGAACAAAUAAUGCAACAAAUAUUGUGGUUAAAUUCAAAUAUACUAAUUGACAAAAAACCUUUAUUUUUUGACAGAAUGUUUAAAAAAGGUAUAAUCUUCGUAAAUGAUAUCAUCGGUAGGACUGGUGGAGUUAUGUCGCACAUGCAGCUAACAAAAACAUAUGGAAAUGUCUGCUCUACCCAAAAUUACAACCAAAUAAUUGCAGCCUUACCGCAAAAGUGGAAGAGGAAAGUGGAAGGGGGAGAAAGUAAGGAACUUGUCUGUCGGCCUUGCAUUAAAGAACAUAAUUGGUUAAGGAAAACUGUGAUAAAUAAAAAAGUAUAUCAGUUUCACUUAAGGACCAAAGGAUUGACAGCCGUCCCAUAUAGAUUGCAAAAUAGUUGGGAAGAGAUCUUUGACGUACCGAUCCCAUGGCAUAGUGUUUAUGAACUGACACGCAAAACGACACCGGAUUCAAAAAUUAGAAUCUUUCAAUUUAAAUUAUUAUAUAAAAUUCUUGCUACCAAUAGAAUGUGAUUUAUAUGGGGGAUACAAUCUUCCCAGCUCUGCAGAUUUUGCUGUGAAGAGACAGAAUCAUUAGAUCAUUUGUUUUGGUUCUGUCCAUUUGUAGCUUGUUUUUGGACACAGGUCCAGGAAUGGCUAAAGGAUUGCAAUAUUUACCUGGAACUAACCUUGCAGAUAGCAUUACUGGGUGAUCUGAAAAGUCAUAGUCAAUCAAUCAAUAAUAUAAUAAUACUUUUAGCAAAAAUGUUUAUUUUUAAUUCACAAUCUGUAGAAGCAAUGAGAAUAGAAAGGUUCAGAACUUUUGUAAAACAUCACAGUACGGUUGAAAUAUAUAUGGCAAAUAGAAAUCCUAUAUGGAUGGUGUUAAGAGAUAGAUGGGAGGUAUUGAAUAGAGUUGAAGGAUGGGACUAAUAACAAAUAACAACAAAUAAUAACAAAGAUAGCUAAUAAUGUAAGCAUACUGUGUCCAUAAUAAGUAUAUAGGUUGUAUGUUGGGAGCUUUUGGGAAAGAGCACAGUUAGAAAGAUAUGGCAUAUAGAAGCAAACCGGUUGGACAUCAUGAAAAUGAUCGGAGAGGUUGAGAGUAGAAGAAGUUCAGGAGCAAAAAAUAAAUAAAAUAUAUAUAUAUAUAUAUAAUAGAAUUAUUGUAAAAUUAACUCUGUCCAUAAGGUGUAGAUAGUAAGUAUAGACCGGAAGUAGAGGCCUGGGCGUUGUUGUUCACUAAUUUACUCCAAGUAGGGAAAGGAUGGUGGGGUUGAAAAGUAAUAAAGGGGAAUAUAUAUAAAAAAUAUAUAUAUAAAAAAAAACAUGGGGGAUUGGAAGUGAUGCAGACAAUUACAUUGAUAGAAGAUACAAUCUAUCUGCAAUAUUAAGCUGAUCCAUUCCCCCCCCCCCCCCAAAAAAAAAAAAAAGUAUUCACACCCCUGAGUCAAUACUUUGUAGAAGCACCUUUGGCGGCGAUUACAGCUUUGAGUCGUCUUGGGUAUGUCUGUAUCAGCUUUGAACAUCUGGAUUUUGGGUUUUUCUCCCAUUCUUCCUUGCAGAUUUUCUCAAGCUCUGUUAAGUUGCAGUAGAUGGGGAGCGGCGAUGAACAGCAAUCUUCAAGUCUUUCCACAAAUAUUCAAUGGGAUUCAAGUCUGGGCUUUGGCUGGGCCACUCAAGGACUUUCACAUUCUUGUUCUGAAGCAAUUCCAGUGUUGCUUUGGCUGUAUGCUUGCGGUCAUUGUCCUGUUGGAACAUAAAUCUUCACCCCAGUCUAAGGUUGUUUGCACUCUGAAGCAGGUUUUCAUCAAGGAUUUGCCUGUAUUUGGCUCCAUUCAUUGUCCCCUCUAUCCUUACCAGUCUCCCAGUCCCUGCCGCUGAAAAGCAUCCCCAUAUCAUGAUGCUGCCACCACCAGACAGAUGAGCUGUGCCUGGUUUUCUCCAGACAUAGCGCUUUGCAUUCAGGCCAAAGAGUUACAUUUUUGUGUCAUCAGACCACAGAAUCUUUUGCCUUAUGAUCUCAGAGUCUUUCAUGUGCCUUUUUGCUAACCCCAUGCAUGCUGUCAUGUGCUUUUUUCUCUGGCCACUCUCCCAUAAAGCCCAGAUUGGUGAAGUGCUGUAGGUCCUUCUGGCAGGUUCUCCCAUCUCAGCCAAGUUCUGUCAGAGUGGUCAUUGGGUUCUUGGUCACCUCUCUGACCAAGGUACUUCUUGCCCGGUUACUCAGUUUUGGUUGGAUGGCCAGCUCUAGUCUGGGUAGUUGCAUAUUUUUUCUGUUUCCCAAUGAUGGAGACCACUGUGCUCUUGGAAACUUUCAACACUCUAGAAGUUGUUUUAUACCCUUCCCCAGAUAUAUGCCUCAUCACAAGUCUAACUCGGAGAUCUACGGACAGUUCCUUGGACUUCAUGGUAUAGUUUCUGCUCUGACAUGCACUGUCAACUGUGGGACCUUAUAUUGAUGCACCUGAGCUCAAUUUGGAGUGUCAUAGCAAAGGGUGAAUACUUAUGUAAAUGAGAUAUUGCUGUAUUUCAUUUUCAUACAUUUACAUAAAAAAUUCUAAAAACAUGUUUUCACUUUGUGAUUAUGGGGUGUGAGAAAAAAAUCAAUCAGGUGAGAAAAAAAUCUAUUUAAUCAAUUUUGAAUUCAGGCUGUAACACAACAGAAUGGAAUAAAUCAAGGGUAGGAAUACUUUCUGAAAUAAUAAUAAAUAAUAAUAUGCCAUUUAGCAGACGCUUUUAUCCAAAGCGACUUACAGUCAUGCGUGCAUACAUUUUUGUGUAUGGGUGGUCCCGGGGAUCGAACCCACUACCUUGGCGUUACAAGCGCCGUGCUCUACCAGCUGAGCUACAGAGGACCACGGUAGCUCACUGAAAGCACUGUAGGUCACUUCUGUCUGUUUCUUAUUCUGUGUAUGUUACCUGUCUGUCUGUCUCCUGGUCUGUCUGUCUGUCCACCAGGUUCGGCAGCUGCUCCUGGCCCUCAGUCCUGUAUCCUGCAUGUGGACAUGGACUGUUUCUUUGUCUCCGUGGGGAUUAUACACCGACCAGACCUCAAAGGUAUACACGCACAUACACACGACCAGACCUCAAAGGUAUACACGCACAUACACACGACCAGACCUCAAAGGUAUACACGCACAUACACCGACCAGACCUCAAAGGUAUACACGCUCAUACACCGACCAGACCUCAAAGGUAUACACGCACGCACAAACUCAAGUAUUUGUAUCAUAUUUGCUAUUCUAGUCCUAAAUGCCCACUAACCACAACUCUCCUCAUCUCCCCCCAGGGAAGACUGUAGCGGUGACCAGUAACCGUGGUCCAGGCAGAGUGGUCCAGAGGCCUGGUGUUGACCGCCAGCCGGAGCUGCAGUACUACCAGAACAAAUACUCCUAUCCAGCUGUGUCAGAGAGGAAAUAUGGGGACCUGGAGGAAAUGACAUCAUCAGAGACGGAGAGUCACAUCUCCCACGGCAACAGUGUUGACCAGGAUACUGCUGCCCUCUCGAUGGCUGAGAUCGCCUCCUGUAGCUAUGAGGCCAGGUACAACACAUAUACACACACACACACACACAUGCACGCACGCACACCCUCUACCCUAUAGUAAUAUGUGGUCUCUCUUUCUGUCUCUCAGGCAGGCAGGGGUGAGGAACGGGAUGUUUUUUGGCCAGGCCAAGCAGCUGUGUCCCUCCCUGCAGUCUGUCCCUUAUGACUUCCAGGCCUACAAGGAGGUGGCCCUGGCCAUGUACGAGACCCUCGCCAGGUACGGGUGGAGGGAUGGAUGAACAGACCAUGACAAUUGGUUACUUGGUAGGAUUGUAGCACAACCUCAUCUGAUGGACAACAAAUUCAUUUAACUUUCUCUUUAUUUUCUCCUCCUCACCCUCUCCGCCUCUCUCUCUCUCUCUCUCUCUCUCUCUCUCUCUCUCUGUAGUUAUUCUCACGACAUCGAGGCCCUGAGUUGUGAUGAGGCGUUGGUGGAUAGCUCCGCCCUGCUGGCUGAGUUGAGUGUUACACCAGACGAGCUGGCCAGUGCCAUCCGGGCAGACGUCAGGGAGAGGACUGGGUGCUCCGCCUCAGUGGGCAUGGGUGAGUAGUUCCACGCCUUCCUCUGCCACCCCUGAGUCACAUACUGGACACCCCCCGUAGACUCUGGGGGCCCAUACGCCUGUCAUCAAUGUCCAUUUUUUUUUACAUUUAAUAAAUCAUUUUGUCAGUAACCCUCCAAAAAGUUUUUCAUAAACCUUUUUAAUUUCCAUAUGUACUAGGAAGCUAAGUGUUUGUUUCUUGGUCAUCAAGGAAUGUAACUGUAAUGUGCCUCAGGCCUUGAAAAAGAAAACGUUUAACUGAUUGAAAGUAUAAGGGGAUAUCAGUGGUCAAGGCAACGACAGCGCCUGAGCAAUGAGUGGAGCUGACUUGGGUGUUCAAAAGCGCAUCAGACCGAGAGCCUAAUGCUUCUUAGAUAAUAAUUAAUGAUUUUCUGUUUAGAAAACAAUUUCUCCUCAGAAGCGACAGUUUCAGGGAUGGUAAAAACAGCUUGAUUGCCGUAGCCACAUCAGGGAAACUGGACAGGAGGGAGUGGUGCUUCAAAUACAGCAGUUCUGCAACAUCUUUAAUUGAGCCUCUCAUUCUCCUUAAUUGCCGGCCUCAACGGAAAGAGGUUAACUGUAUAGGAAUCUCUGGGGACAGGUCGUCUGGAUAUUGGACAGACAAUACAUUGGCAAAUGCAAACAUCUUUAGCGGACAACAGUUGAGGGCUUGAACAAAAAAAAGCGGUUUGCGAUUUCGUUCAUACUGGUGAACCGGCGUUUGAGUUGUGUGGUUGCAAUAUCAACAGUCCCUUAUCUCUGGUAUAUCUUGGCAUGCAUCAUUCAAGACUAAGUUUAAAUUGUUUGCAACGCAAUGGACAUGUAAUGCACAAUGUCUCAGGAAAGACCGUCUGGGUUGGCAAUACUCAGUAUAGGAAACCAGAGAAAGUGAAAGUGCUUUAUGCUAGUGACAGGGAUGAAGCAUUUGGAAACGGAUGGGCAGCAUAGUUUCCCUCCCACUGUAACACACCCUGUCUAACCUCUGUGACCUCUCACUUCUGACCUGUCCAGGGUCCAACAUCCUGUUGGCGAGGAUGGCUACCCGAAAGGCUAAGCCCAACGGACAGUACCUCCUGAGGUCAGAGGAAGUGGAUGACUUCAUCAGGGACCAGACAGUGACCAGCCUACCAGGUGAGGCAUUACAGCACCACCUGCUGGCCACACGCCACACACACAGUUACUCUGCAACUGAUGAUCAUCUUUCUUGUGCAUCUCCAAAAUAUAAACUGUCCUUCUCUACACCCUCCAUCUCUCCCUCUCCACCCAUUCCUCUAUUUCUCUCCCCUCUUCUCCCUUAGGUGUGGGCCGUUCUAUGGGUGGUAAGCUGGCAUCUCUGGGUGUGAGGUCUUGUGGGGACCUGCAGCAGGUGUCUCUGCAGCAGCUACAGAAGGAGUUUGGCCCGCGCACCGGUCAGACCCUCUUCAGGUUCUGCCGAGGUCUGGACGACCGGCCCGUCCGCAGCGAGAAGGAGAGGAAGUCUGUCUCGGCCGAGAUGAACUAUAACAUCCGCUUCACACAGGUCCGUAUCUGUUUAAUCCUGUUUCCACGGGUUAGAGCUUGUUUGAUCUGGUCCACGCAGGUCAUAACUGGUUUAUACUGGUCAGAACUGGGGCUUAUUCAAUGAGGCAGAAUAUUCCGAUUGUUCAGAAUGGAAUAUUUCCUGUAGAACAGACAUUCUUCUUUGCCUGUUCAAGGUGACAGGCUUUUCUAUCACUUUCUCCAUUCUCUCGUUCUCAAAACUCUCAAAAUUCUCUCCAUCUCACCAGGUGGACGAGGUGGAGUCGUUCCUGACCAACCUGGCCAUGGAGGUGCAGAAGCGUCUGCAGGGGGCGGGGCUUAGGGGUCGCAGGGUGACCCUGAAAGUCAUGGUCCGUAAGGCAGGGGCCCCGGUGGAGCCAUCCAAGUACGGUGGUCAUGGCAUCUGUGACAAUCUGGCCAGGUUAGAGAGACAAAUGGACACAGUAGCCGUGUCCGAAUACCCAUAAAUAAUAGGCUUUUUUUAUGGUAUGUGAAAUUUAGAAAAUGUAGUAUGCUUUAAAUGCCAGGAUGUCGUACUCAUUUUGGCUUUUCAUCUAGUAGAUUUAGCUGCACACUAUUGAGGAAGAGAAUCGCCUUUUCACACUCUACAUAAAUAAACAUUAGAGAGAGGCAUUCUCAGCAUGGAUUAGCCUAGUAUGUUAUUUGUUGCUUACUGCAUUCGUUUUUAAAAUAAAAAAAAUAGUUUGUAGUACAAUUAGUACACAGUAUGUGGUUUUAGUAAAUAGUAGGCAAGACAGAUUUCGGACAUGGUCAGGAACACACUGCGGGGACAUAAUUGAGUGUGUGUUCCUCUCCUCUUCUCCUCACUGUCUCCUCUACCCUCCUCUCUCAGGUCAGUGACCCUGGCACAGCUUACAGACAGUGGUCAUCUGAUAGCCAGUGAGGUCAUCAAGCUGUUCCACACAAUGAGGCUGGAGGUGCAGGACCUGAGGGGGGUGGGCCUCCAGGUGCAGCUCCUUGAGGGGGCCCGCUCCACCCCCCAGGACCCCUCGGGCCCUAGAACGCGCUCCGUCAGAGACAUGCUGCUGGCUGAGUGCCCCCCUGCCCAACAUAACCACACAGGUGGGUGUGUGGUUGUGUGUGUGUGUGUGUGUUACCUUAAGGAGCCAGUCAUCGAGCCAUAGACCGACCUCUACUCUCUCUCUCUUCAGAUUCGCUACUUAAUACCCCCAUUACUGACACAUGCAUCAGUCAAGAAAAUAGUUCUUCUGCCAGAGUCCUGCCCUCCUUCUCCACUCCCUGCCCUACAUCGCCUGCUGAGCCAAUCCCAGGGACGAGUAAAGGAGAGCCGCCACCCACUACACACACACCUAACCAUGUUGGUACACGCCUAAGCCUCAGCAUCGAGGUCCCCCCUCCCUCCCAGGUACUUCACCCCUAGUUCAACAGUGCAUUGCUUUCAUUGAAAAAACAUUUGUUUUUGAAGCAUCAUUUCAAAUCAAAUCAAAUUGUAUUUGUCACGUGCGCCGAAUACAACAGGUGUAGACCUUACCGUGAAAAACGUACUUACAAGCCCUUAACCAACAAUGAAGUUAAGAAAAUAUUUACUAAAUAAACUAGUAAGUAAAAAGUAAAAUAAAAAGUAACACAAUAAAAUAACAAUAACGAGGCUAUAUGCAGGGGGUACUGGUACCGAGUCAAUGUGCGGGGGUACAGGUUAGUCGAGGUAAUUUGUACAUGUAGGUAGGGGUAAAGUGACUAUGCAUAGAUAAUAAACAGUAAGUAGCAGCAGUGUAAAAAUAAAGGGGGGGGGGGGGGGGGGUCAAUGCAAAUAGUCCGGGUGGCCAUUUGAUUAAUUGUUCAGCAGUGUUAUGGCUUGGGGGUAGAAGCUGUUAAGGAGUCUUUUCGGCAGUUUAAAAGCGCCCUCACUCAUAGGUUUCCCAAGAGUAAUUUUGUGUGUGUGCCGUGUGUGUGUGUGCCAUGUGUGUGUGCCAUGUGUGUGUCCGUGUGUGUGUCUGUGUCCAUGUCAGGUGGACCGGUCAGUGUUGGAGGCCUUGCCUGCAGAGUUGAGAGAACAGGUGGAGCGCUCCUGGACCCACAGAGACACAGAGAGAACCCACAACAGGUCACACCACCACCCCCUUAGCCCCUCUUCUCCUCUCUCUCCCCGUUCAUCUUCCCCUCUACCCUCCUCUCCUCCUCCCCCCGCUGCCCCUCCUGUAGGAACACUGGUGCUUCAGAUCCCCAACCAGCCUGGACAGACCGGCUCCACAGGCAUCAUACUGGAACUGCCUGACUUCUCCCAGGUACACACACACACCUGUAAACCUUCUCAUUAACGCCAACACCCCUUAUAAACACACACAUAUUCUCUCUCUCUGUCUCUCUGUGUGUGUAGGUUGACCCAGAGGUGUUUGCAGCACUCCCCAGAGAGCUCCAAGAGGAGCUGCAUUCAGCGUACGGCCGCAGAGAGAACGCCCAGGCCCAGGGAAUCAUGGGUAAGACUGCAGACCAAAGUACAUUUACAUUUACAUUUUUCGUCAUUUAGCAGACGCUCUUAUCCAGAGCGACUUACAAUUUGGUGCAUUCACCUUAUAGCCAGUGGGACAACCACUUUACAAUGUUAAUUUUUAUUUUAUUUUUAUAAAUAUUUAGUAUAAAUUUUUUAUUUUCUUUAAUAUUUUUUUGAAAUGUUAUGUAGUUUAAUAUUUUUGAAAUAUACUGUAGUGCAGAAUACAGUAUAUAUAUCUAAUAAUAUACACUGAGUUUACCAAACAUUAGGAACACCUUCCUAAUAUUGAGUUGCACCCCCCCUCUUUGCCAUCAGAACAGCCUCAAUUCAUCGGGGCAUGAACUCUACAAGGUGUCUAAAGUGUGCCAAAGGGAUGCUGGUCCAUGUUGAUUCCAAUGCUUCCCACAGUUGUGUCAAGUUGGCUGGUUAUCCUUUGGGUGGUGGACCAUUCUUGAUACACACAGGAAACUGUUGAGCGUGAAAAACCCAGCAGCAUUGCAGUUCUUGACACUCUCAAACCAGGCGCUUGGCACCUACUACCAUACCCCAUUCAAAGGCACUUAAAUAUUUUGUCUUGUCCAUUCACCCUCUGAAUGGCACACAUACACAAUACAUGUCUUGAUUGUUUCAAGGCUUAAAAAUCCUUCUUUAACCUGUCUCCUCCCCUUCAUCUACACUGAUUUGAAGUGGAUUUAACAAGUGACAUCAAUAAGGGAUCAUAGCUUUCACCUGGAUUCACCAGUCAGUCUAUGUCAUGGAAAGAGCAGGUGUUCUUAAUGUUUUGUACACUCAGUGUAUAAUAAUAAUAUAGUGUAUAAUAAUAAUAUAAUAUACAAUAUAUAUGCCAUUUAGCAAUACACUGGAAAGAACCAUAGAACCGACUAAUGAUCAAAUUAAACUUUCAUUGCAUUACCCCCUUCUCUCUCUUUCCUUCUCUACCUUUCACUCCUUCCCUCGCCUCGCUUGUCCCCUCUCCUCUCACCCCUCCCCCCUCUCUUUCUCUGUAGCAGAUCAGAGGAACCCCCUGUUGCAUCUGAAGCAGGUGGGGGUGGGUCGGAUGAAGCGCCGCUACAAGAAGAAUGCCAACGCCAGCCCUGCCAAGAAAGGCCCCUCCCCUCUAAAGAGGCCCCGCCCACCAGGAAACAGCCCGGCCAAAGCCCUACCGCACGCACUCAGAUCCAGGGACGUACCCAAUGGCCUCAAGGUGAGCCCCUAAGCACUUAUCCAAGGUCAGUUUUGCGUUUUCUGUUUUAUUAAUGAUGCAUAGUGAUUGAACUGACCUGAACUGACCCCCAUCCAGCUGGAGAAUGGACCUUCCACCUCCUCCCUAAAGCAGGACGACCCAGAGACUCUGUCCAAGUUCACCCCUCGCCCUGAACCCACCCUGGCUGGAGCCUGUGAUUUUACAGACAUCCGAACACUCCUCAGAGAAUGGGUCACUACCAUCUCAGGUACAGAAUGGGGAGUGGGUCGGUCACUACCAUCUAUGGAAAAGGGGGGACAUUUGCUGUCAUAGUAGUUGUGUUUUUGACUGUGUUGAAGAUGUGGUUUUGUGUAAAAAAACAAAACGUUUUUAUAAGUCCUUUUACCCCCUCAGACCCCAUGGAGGAGGACAUUCUGCAGGUAGUCAAGUACUGCACUGAUCUGAUCGACGACAAAGACCUAGAGAAACUUGACCUGAUCAUCAAGUAUAUGAAGAGGUACGGUCCAUUCAUGGUCUAACUCUCCCCUCUUCCCCUCUGUAUCACAGUGAAGUACCACUCGGCCAUGGUCAAAUAGGACCUGUUUGGGGUUAGCGGAUCAUUCUACCCCUGUUGUUGAGAUUCCAUUUUAGUUCAUGUUUUUCUCUUUUGUUCCCAUGUGUGUUUAGUUUAUUAGAUAUCCAAGCGUGUUAGGGCUAAGGCAUGUCUUCUCAUGUCAUGGCAGGUUGAUGCAGCAGUCUGUGGAGUCUGUAUGGAGCAUGGCCUUUGACUUCAUCCUGGACAACGUGCAGAUGGUGGUACAGCAGACUUACGGCAGCACACUGAAGAUCACAUAGGAGAGGGCACCACUCUGAAGAUCACAUAGGAGAGGGCAACACUCUGAAGAUCACAUAGGAGAGGGCAGCACUCUGAAGAUCACAUAGGAGAGGGCAGCACUCUGAAGUUCACAUAGGAGAGGGCCCACCCCUGAAGAUCACGUAGGAGAGGGACACUCUGAAGAUCACAUAGGAGAGGGCAGCACUCUGAAGUUCACAUAGGAGAGGGCACCACUCUGAAGAUCACGUAGGAGAGGGCAGCACUCUGAAGAUCACAUAGGAGAGGGCAGCACUCUGAAGAUCAUAAGAGAGGGCAGCACUCUGAAGUUCACAUAGGAGAGGGCAGCACUCUGAAGAUCAUAGGAGAGGGCAGCACUCUGAAGAUCACGUAGGAGAGGGCACCACUCUGAAGAUCACAUAGGAGAGGGCACACUCUGAAGAUCAUAAGGAGAGGGCAGCACUCUGAAGUUCACAUAGAAGGGCAGACCUGAAGUCAAGAGAGGGCAGCACUCUGAAAAUCACGUAGGAGAGGGCACCACUCUGAAGAUCACAUAGGAGAGGGCACCACUCUGAAGAUCACAUAAGAGAGGGCACCACUCUGAAGAUCACGUAGGAGAGGGCACCACUCUGAAGAUCACGUAGGAGAGGGCACCACUCUGAAGAUCACGUAGGAGAGGGCAGCACUCUGAAGAUCAUAGGAGAGGGCACCACUCUGAAGAUCACAUAGGAGAGGGCACCACUCUGAAGAUCACGUAGGAGAGGGCAGCACUCUGAAGAUCACGUAGGAGAGGGCACCACUCUGAAGAUCACAUAGGAGAGGGCACCACACUGAAGAUCACAUAGGAGAGGGCAGCACUCUGAAGAUCACAUAGGAGAGGGCAGCACUCUGAAGAUCACGUAGGAGAGGGCAGCACUCUGAAGAUCACGUAGGAGAGGGCAGCACUCUGAAGAUCACGUAGGAGAGGGCAGCACUCUGAAGAUCACGUAGGAGAGGGCAGCACUCUGAAGAUCACGUAGGAGAGGGCAGCACUCUGAAGAUCACGUAGGAGAGGGCAGCACUCUGAAGAUCACGUAGGAGAGGGCAGCACUCUGAAGAUCACGUAGGAGAGGGCAGCACUCUGAAGAUCACGUAGGAGAGGGCAGCACUCUGAAGAUCACAUAGGAGAGGGCAGCACUCUGAAGAUCACAUAGGAGAGGGCACCACUCUGAAGAUCACAUAGGAGAGGGCACCACUCUGAAGAUCACAUAGGAGAGGGCACCACUCUGAAGAUCACAUAGGAGAGGGCAGCACUCUGAAGAUCACAUAGGAGAGGGCACGGCAGGUUCUGGCCAAGUCUCAAAUCACACCCUUUUCCCCAUAUAGUGCACUGGUUAAAGGUAUUGCACUAGUAUGUGGAGGAUAGGAUGCCAUUUGAGAUCCAGUUUUGCUCCUCCUGCUCCUGUGUUUGUUGUGCCACUGUUACAUCAUCAGACUAUUACAUCAUGAUCCUGUGGGAGGAGCUGUGUCAAAUCAUGAUGUCCGUGAUCUUCAACACGGAAAGUCGGAGUUCUAGAAAGAUGCCAGAGACUCUGACUUGGAAUUUUGAGUUGGAUGACCUUUCUAAACUAUUUUUCCCAGUUCCCAGGUGUCUUGAACGCACUGAAGUCGGAAGUCAGAGUUCCGAGUUCCCAGUUGUUUUGAACGCGGCUAUAACCUGGACACGUGUUCUCUCCUUGCGUCAUCACAGUGAGAGUUCUGUGGCAUUGUAACAUCAGCCCAACAGCUCUCUCUAUCUCUCACUUUGACAUCAGCAGAGCCUGACCUGCCUUCUGUUGUGACGUCAGAACACACGUCAGCAGAACAGAGCACAGAUAUCAUCUGCACUACACUUUAGCAGCCUGAAACUCUAACUUGACCCAUCACACAAUGUCCAACUUUCCAUGGGUCGGAGGGGGAGGGGCAGGAAUCCUCCUCCUUUAGCCCCUAUUGGUCAGGACCCACUGAAAGUCAUGAGUAACGGCGGAGUUGGCCACUAGAUCUGCGAAUAUGCCAAUCGUCACAGUAUAGGACAGACUGAUGCUUAGAGAUGGUGGCCAUGGAAUCUCCUUACCGCCUCCACUGUAUUCUUCCUCCUUGUGCUUUGACAUGCAGGGUUUGGAAGCAGAAAACAGAGACCUCCUCCAGUCUUCCUGAUUCUGUUUCUUUUUACUCUCUCUGCUUUUCACCAGUUGUUCUGUUACUCUAAGCCCUGUCACCUUGGCCUCAGAAGUAUCUGCAAACUGACACGGUAG